UUCUGAAUUACAGUUACAGUGCCGGAGGGUCAGAUAAGACGGUUCCGCUCUUUGAGAUUUUUUUGUUUUUCUGUGUGUCGAUCUUAUCUUCUUCUCUCUUCUGGAGUCGUCUAAUCUAAAUUGAGAGAGUGGGUUGCUUUGUCUCUUUUCUACAGCUGUGAUCUAAAUUGGGAGUGUGAUCUGGAUUUCUACAAACAGUGGAUUGCUUAUUUUCUCUGCGGUCGUUUAAGGAGGAUUGAGAGGUUUUUGUUGCAUCUUUUGCAUUGGUUGGGUUAUAGUUUGAAAAAGGUCAGCACGAUUUUUUCGGAGGGAUCUUUCAACAGGAGAAGGGAGAGACAGAAACACUGACAGCGAAGUAGAGGUCGAUAGCAAGGUUUGGAUCCGGUUUGGGAGGGAUUUUUCAGCAGGAGAAGAGGUUUUAUGCAAAGGAGUAUUUGGAUUGUUGUUUUGCCGCUGUUCCUACUUUUGUUAAUUGGUGUUGCCUUGGUAUCCUGUUGUCAUUUAGAUAUCGGGAACAGCGUGCAAUCAAAUUUUCAAACUGUUUUCAAUUUCGAGAUGGCAAGUGAAAGUGUAAAAAGAGGAGUGAAAAGAUUGUUGCAAGAACAUUCUGCUGAAAAUUAUGAAAGUGGAGAGAUGGUUCAGAAAUCUAAUCGGAUUAACUCUAAGAGGUGGAGAAGAAUGUUUAAUUCGGAAAGUGCUGAAGAAUCGAUGCAAUGUCACAACGUUGAUGCAUUUGAACAUCCUGAGAAUCAAUAUGAAGGAGGUGAUCAAAAUACUGCUGCAGUUGUGAUAACACCUAGGCGUGUUUCGAGGAGAAUGAGACAAUUGUUAGAGCAGUAUUGUCCUCAGAAUCAUGAAACUGGAGACACGGUUGAAGAAGGAAGGCCUGAAUCUAAUUCAUCUGACUCACAGACUGAACAUUAUGACGGUCGAUUUAGAGUUGAUGACCAGUGUACUAUUUUAGCUGCAGAUGAAGGUUCAUUUGUGGCUGGAGGUCACUGUUCACAGUCAGUUGGUCAGGCAUUAUACCAAAGAAGCAAACAAGGUUGCCUCUUGAAAGUUUUUUAGUUUUUUUUCAGAAUGAAUAAUAGUGAUGUAAAUUCUCUAACGGAAAAUAUAUAUUUUCAUUGUAGGAUUGAAUGUGACAUAUCACGAUUUUGGUGAUAAUAUAUAUACCUGUAAUUAUUGUGGCGCAUGUUUUUGGCGUCAAGAAGCUAUUAAAAAUUCACCUUUGAAUGCA